AUGCGCGUGUUCUGCCGUACGUGCAAGGAGUGCGAGGACUCCAGUGAUGCAACGAUGUUCGACGAAGCCCUGACGUGCGCCAAGUGCGGUGGCCCAUACGUUCAGCCGUCUGUCUUUGAAUGCGCUCAGUACGGUCUCCUCGACGAGCUCAAGUUCCUCUUGGACAAGGAAGGAGAAUCGUCGCCGGUCGACAUCAACAUGCGCGAUUCCCACAACGCAACUCUUCUUCACUGGGCUUCGUUGAACAACCGAUUGCUCGUCAUGAUGUACUUGCUUGAUUUGCCCGGGAUCGACAUCAAUGCAGUUGGUGGGGAUUUAAAAUCGACCCCCAUUUACUGGGCCUCGCACCGCAACAACAUUUACGCGGUCGCGUUGCUGCUGGAACACCACGCCGACCCCAGCAUUGCUGACGCGAACGGCAUAGACGCCUACUUCGUCGCUGUUCAAUCAGGGCACACGAUUUUGGCAUCGUACAUGAUCGCGAUGGGGUGUGACGUCGACACGACGAGCCAAAACACCGACAAAUCGACGCCGCUGAUGUGGCUGUGCCGAUACAAGUUUGAACUCGACACGAUGCGCAUGCUGAUUGGACUCGGCGCCAACAUCCACGCCGUCGAUGCCAACGGAUACACAGCAUUGCACUGGGCGGCGUCCAGAGACUUCGCGAUGGCUGCGAAACAGUUGAUUGACCACGGCAUCGACAUCUACGCCACAACCCCCAAGGGCGAAACAGCCUUGGACCUGUCCAACCGCGUCGCAUCGGACAUUGAAGACUCGACCCGCGGCAAGCGCACCGCCGCCGCCGUCGGAUUUCUUCGAAAACUGCACAGUCGUCACACGGCAUUCUGGACCCCAUGGAUCGUCCUCGGCCUUGCUGGCUACGCAACGCACGCACUGCACGGCGUGCAUGUGUUCAUUGGCGUCUUGGGUGCCCUCGCCGUGGGCUACGCGCUCUUUUCCAUUGCGGGGCUUGGAGUGAAUCCUGGAAAACGAAAAAAUGCCGCGCUUAUGCUGGGCGUGAACAUUGGGUCGACCUUUUGGAUUAAUUUUGUUUUCGUGACGAGCAUCGCGGCCCACGUGAGCAAUGCUGAGUCUGUGCUGUUGAUGGCCCUCGUGGCUGGUAUCUUGGUCUGCUUGUACUUCACUGCCACGCGGGACCCAGGCAUGAUCCGUACGACAUCCUCGGAGCGGCGUCGGAACAUUCGCGAGCUGGUGGACAUGAAGUCGCGGUCCGAAGUGAAGCUGUGCACGACAUGCAUCCAGCGCCGUCCGCUGCGCUCGAAACAUGACGCCGAACUGAACGGCUGCGUGGCUCGCUUCGAUCACUUCUGCCCCUUUGUCGCCAACGCCGUGGGCGCGAAUAACCAUACGUAUUUCCUUGGGUUCCUCGUGUUUGCCGUGGCCGGGAUCGGCUAUUUUCUCGUCCUCGCGUGGAGUUAUUUGAGCGCCAUUGUCGCGGGCGAUGCUACGUACUGGGGCAUCGUGACGCACCUUGCCCACGACUUCCCCGUUGUGACGAGCACGUGCGGGCUGGCCGUCGUUCACAUCGCAUGGAUCGGCUACCUCCUCGGCGCCAACAUCUACGGCAUCCUGUUUGCCUGGACGACCAACGAGUGCGUCCUCCAGGGUCGUGUUCCUGUCGACCCCGCCGCGCCUGUUAUGCAUCACUCCAAGUUUUCCAGAGGAAUCACGCAAAACGUGAUCGACUUCUUUCACCUCCCGAUCGGGCACAACCGCAUCGACUGGACCACCGCACGGUUCUACAACCUCGCCGACGUCCAUACGUAUCAUGAUAAUGACCAGCACGAGGAGUAG